AUGACUACGGCGACGAUCAACCACCCUACCAUCGGCCAGAUCAAGGGUCGCGACGGCGACGGCGUCACCCAGUUCCUUGGGGUCCAAUACGCGACUCUCGAGAACCGUCUGGCUGAGGCUCAAGUCAAGUCGAGCUACUCGACACCCGUGGACGCCACCGCUCAUGGCCCGUCGUCCUACGGUCCCGUCGCGGCCUUUGACAAUGAAAUGCUCUUCAUCCAGCAGACGGUGCCGAAACCGCCGACGAACCAUUCGGACUUGGAAUGUCUGAAUCUCAACAUCACCGUGCCCAAGACGACCCAAAACACAAAAAUCCCCGUCUUUGUCUGGAUGCAUGGUGGUGGCUUCGUAUUGGGUGCCAACUCGUGGCCACACUAUGAUCACGCAAAGAUUGUUAAACUCGCAAAUGAAAACGGUGUUCCUGUUAUUGGCAUUGGCAUCAACUUCCGUCUUGGAUUCGCCGGGUUCAUGACCUCGGAAGAAUUACGAUCCAAGGGAUUCAAGACCAACAAUCAACUCCGAGAUCAGAGAGCGGCGUACAGAUGGAUCAAACAGCAUAUCGAAGGAUUCGGAGGAGAUGCCGACAAUAUCACCGUCAUAGGCGAAAGUGCCGGAGCUGCCGCUACGACGUUACAACUUUACUCGAAAGAAAAAAUCUUCAACCGAGUCAUUGCGACCGGAGGAUCGUGUCUCCUUACACCCACUUUACCCAAAGAAGCAUGCGAGGACAUGUACACCAAGGCGCUGGGUUUCCUGGGCCUUGAGUCUCUGAGUGUCGACGAACGAAUCCAAAAACUGCUCACCCUCCCCGCCGAUGAAAUCAUCGCCAAACUUCCACCGUUUGUCCAAUUUGCUCCCAUGCUCGACGACGAGAUUGUCCCCGUCAGACCCACCUAUGCGUCCAUCGGUGACCCGUCGGACAAGAGCAUGCCAGGUAAAGACUGGGCUGACGCUAUCAUGAUUGGAGAUAGUCAAUUUGAUGCCUCCGUCCUAGGUUUUCUCAUGGGUCAUUUGAAACCCAACUGCCGCGAGAAGUUCUCAACUUCUCUCCGCAAGACGUUUGCAUCGAACCCCAAGAUCGCCGAAACAUUGAUCGAAGCGUAUUCCCUCGGCGGCAAGGCUGUCGAAGACGACGACGAAGUGUCAUUCAAAAACUUCCUGAGAUUCGCCAACGACAUCGGCUUCUACUCGUCCACGUUGACUUUUGCACGGGGCUGGCCCGAGGGCAAACCGGUGUACACGUUUUUCCUGAACGAGCCCAACCCCUGGCCGGGCGCUUACCAAGGGGAGACGACCCACGUCCUCGACGUGGCCUUGUUGUUCCAAAACUACAACGACAAGCUGUCGGCCGAGCAAAGGGCGGCCGCCCAAGGGUUCGGCUUGGACCUGAUGAGGUUCGUCGCGGGACAGGCCCCUUGGGAGAACAACACCCCCUCUCACAGGGCGGCCAAGGUGUUUGGACCGUCCCUCGGCAAAGGUCACGCCGUCACGAGAGUCAUCGACGACGCCGAAUCUCCCGAGGCCGGGAGAAGGAUGACCGUGUUGGAGUUGAGCAAGGAGGUUGGGUUUGACGCCAUCUCCCAAGCUUUGAGGAAUUUCCAGAUGGGUUUGUAG